AAUUGGACAUCUGACACCAUAGAUAAGUAUAAGUACUGACGUAGCCGCCACAAUAACAAUAUAUAAAGUAUUUUGAGUAAAAUGUGUAAAAUUAAUUGUUUAUCUUGAUAAAAUGUUCGGCGUAGUGGUCGUGUUGUCCUGUGUACUCGCGCUCGCGUCCACCGGCUCCGUCAACUACUGCGGCGCCAAGAUGUGUGGAGGCAAAGAUACACAUACUUUCUGCCAGUAUCCAGAAGGUCCCAGUCCUAAGUGCGUGGGGUAUGUAGAAGCCAAACUUAACGUACAAGAGAAAGCGAGACUGUUAGACCGGCUCAACAAUCGAAGGAAUGUGGUGGCUAUGGGGGGGAUGCGAGGCUUCCCCUCUGCUGGAAACAUGCUCAAGCUGCGUUGGGUUGAGGAGUUGGCUCGUGAAGCCCAGCGCUGGGCAGACCAGUGUCGUCCGCCGCAGCAAGUCGAAGAACACGACACUUGUCGUAAUCUAUAUUCGCUGACAGUCGGUCAAUGUGUGGCGUCGGUGGUGGGCGAAUCGCCAGGGCUUCGAGUGGAGUCUAUGGUCGACAUUUGGUACAUACAGAGCAAGCUGUACAAAGGCAAUAUGACCUUCUACGUGCCUCCAGGUAACGACAGCAGAUACUACGGCGAUUUUGCACAGAUUAUUUGGGCAAAAAGUUAUAUGGUGGGCUGUGGUCGCAGUCGAUUUAUGACGCAUUGGCAAGGUCGCCUUCGAAGUGUGGAGCGUCUAGUCUGCAACAUAGCACCGUUCGGGCCCCAGCCGACGCGCCAAUUAUGGAUCCCUGCUACACCAACUGCGGCCUGCCCAUAUCGUGCAGUGCGAUCUUCUGUUUGGGGUGGCCUGUGUGAUUACCAAAGAAAUCAAAACGAGACUAUAUCGCUCGACCCUUCUACGACGCUAGAAGAACACAUACUCUUAAAUACUAUAUUAGAAAUAGAAGAAAAUGAGACGUUGAACUAUUUAGGGAGCAUAGAUGAGAUGUAUAUAACCAAACUGGCGAUAGCAACACUGGCUAAUUCGUUAACGACAAAAACACAUUCCAAUUCGAAGCAGAGGAGAGAAGUCGUUGAUUUCGUAGAGGUUAUUGAGUUCCACUUCAAUGAUAGUACCAUCGCAUUUAUACCUCAAGUAUUAAUGACACAAGACUUCAUAUUUAUGAAAGAUACUCAAACAACAAACACAACGAUACCACUGCAAACAGAAAUAACAUUAAAACUUACAACAAGUACUUACAAUAAGGAAGAUUUGACUAAUGUCGAUGGAAAAACAGAAAAUAUCAAAGCCAUUAAGAAAAUGCCUAAGAAAGAAAAGAAUAAUAAUGCUGAGUAUAUUCGAACAACGAAGUUUAGUACAACUUCGAAAAAAGUACUACUGACUCCAGAAGUUUCAAAGUCUACUAAUACGUACGAGGUUACAAAUUCCACUAGUAUUUCUAAAGAUUCAAGCACUACUGAUGAUUACGAUUAUCAUACUUAUACUGCGGUGCCUGGUAAAAUUUUGGACGAUGUCACAAAGAUACAACCAAGAAAUUUGCCUACAACCUUAAAGAAUCCCGAAGAAGAAGAAAAAGAUGAUUACGAUGACUCUGAUGAACCGAGUGGUAGUGGUAGCGAGAGCGGUGAUGAUGAUGAUGAUGAUGAUGAUGAUAAUGAUGAUGAUGAACAAAGUGGUGACAGUAAAGGCAGCGGUGAUGGAGAAGGCAGUGGUAGUGGUGAUAGUAAAGGUAGCGGUGACGGAGAAGGCAGUGGUAGUGGAGACGGUGAAGGUGACGGCAGCGGUGAUGGUGAAGGUUCCGGCCGCGGUGACGAUGAAGGUGCCAACCGCGGUAACGGUUACGGUGCCAACCGCGGUGACGGAGAAGGCAGUGGUAGUGGAGACGGAGAAGGCAGUGGUAGUGGAGACGGUGACGGUGCCAACCGCGGUGAAGGUGCCAAACACGGUGACGGUGCCAAACACGGUGACGGUGACGGUGCCAACCGCGGUGACAGUGACGGCCGCGUUGAAGGUGCCGGCCGCGAUGACGAUGAAGGUGCCAGCCGCGGUGAAAGCAGCGGUGAAGGUGCCGGCCGCGGUGAAGGCAGCGGUGACAGUGACGGCGACGACGGCAGAAAAUACUUUAAAUUUGGCGCAUUGCCUAAUAACUCGGAUUUAUUUAAUUAUGGUCCAGACCCUGAAACGGUCCUUCAGCUGCAAGAGGCUUUGAAUCGUAUUGAACAUGAUUUAGAACCAAAGAAAGAGAAUUCGAAACGAAAAAAGGUACGAAGAGAACUGAAACACAAAAGUAGUAGGGAGGAGAAAAGACCACGCAAACAUCGGAAGAGAUCAUGGGAAGACGAGGAGAUUCCCCAAAAAGUAGGAGAUGGUAUUAGUCCACUUGUGAAAAUGAUGAGUUUAAUGCCAAAGGAGGACAGUGCAGGUCGUGUCGCCCCGUCUCUUCUGAUAGUUUUAGUUUUGUGCUUAAAUAAUUAUAUUGUUUAGAUAAUUAUUGUAUUUGUAUUUUUUAUACUAAUUUUUAUUUAUUUUUUUAUUAUAUGAAUGUCUUGUUCGGCGAGUAGUCAAAUGCGACUGCCGGACAAGGGGUGUUUGGUACGAUACCUGAAUGUGGUAUACCGUUACUGGGGAUUUCUCAGUUUUUGGAAAGUUUCUCAAUAACAGUAUGGAGUUCGAAAUUGUACCUACCUGGUAUGGACAUAGGGUUCCUUAUUAUGGGAGUUAUAACAUGACUGGUGAAAAAUGUGGGUUAUAUUGGGCUCUGGUCAUAUUAUUAUCUCAGUGUACCCGUUCGG